AUGUCGCCGUUAACACCACGCCGCCCAUUCUCACUCCAUAUCAAGUUUGGACCGUGCGGGCCGACGAUAAAUCCGACGAACGGAUAUCCCCUGAUCCCCGUCUCCGCUAAUGAUCGCAAAUAUUUAAUAAUGCAGACAACGCCACUGUACGUAGCGCGACGCAAUAACGGCCCGUCGGACGAAACGAACCCGGCACGUGACUCGAAGACAAAACAGUGCGUAACUUUCGCUGUGACGACGCGCGAGCGAGAA